AUGUCAGAGGUAUGGCAUCUUCUGAAGAAAUCACUUCAUUGCAAAUCUCAUUCACCAGAAGUUCAUGAUCCGCAGGCAAGUAGAAGUGCUCAGAGAAAAACACAUUGCAAGAAUGUCAGAGAUGAGAGAAAUAAGAGACAGUCAGAAAACCAAGUUAGCCAUGAAAUUUUCCUUGAUAGGUCAAGUGGUGAGAUUAAGAUUUGUCCAUGCUAUCCUAGUUCUCAAGGCGAUGAAGAUGGAAAUGGUGUAGAAGACCCUCAUCCUUCGAGAUCAACCAAGCCAACUAUACCUUCAUCAAAGACAGUUUGUGUUGAUUGUGAUGAAUGUAAUGUUUUCUCAAAGAAAAAGUGGUCACUGGAGAAAGAUUCUAAUCAUCCCCCAGUAUUAUCACGUCAUAAUGAACGUGAGACAACAAAAUCUAUUGAGACUGCUGAAGAACAUGAAAAUGUCCCUCAACAUUCAGUGAUCCAGCUUGAGAGAGAGGGUUCAGCUUGCAAGAUCAUCGAACAAAUAUGCCAAGGUAAUAACUUUACGGAAAGCAAGGCAGCAGAUAUUGAAUGUGUGUUAAGAGUCCAGAGCAAUCAAGAAAGGUUUAGAUGGUUUGAGGAAUGCAGGGAAUUGGUAAGGGUGAAAGCAGAAAGGGUACAAAACGAGCACCCCAGAUGCUUGGUUGAUGGAAAUGAGCUAUUGAGAUUUCAUGGCACAACAGUGGCAUGCUCCCUUGGUUUAAAUGCCUCUUCUUCUAACCUUUGCACUUUAGACCAAUGUGGUGUGUGUCAAAUUCUGAAGCAUGGUUUUUCCUCCAACCAAGAAUUAUUUCAUGGUGCCCUUGGAGUUUACACCACUUCUACCAGUGGAAAAGCCAUCCAUUCAAUUUCCUCAUCCAAUAUUAAAUCUGUCCAGAGAAAGUGUGUAAUGCUCUGCAGAGUAAGAGCUGGGAGAAUCUAUAAUCCUCUACAAGAGAUUGAAGAAAUGACCAAUCCUGGGUUUGAUUCUUUGGUGAAGAAAAUGAGAGACCACUCAGAGAUUGAAGAACUCAUUGUUUUAAAUCCUAGAGCUGUUCUCCCUUGCUUCUUGGUAAUCUACCGUUUAUGA